AUGGCUGUCGUCUACGGUUGUUUGACGAGUACAGAUGCGCGAUGGCUCUUGGCCUUCCAACUAAUUUUGUCUGCCUCGAUGAUUCACGUCCAUGCCUCGGUGCCCUCGGGGUUCAUAAACAUUGACUGCGGCCUCGUAGACGGCGACAGUCUGACGGACAGCAUCACAAAUUUAACGUACGUACGUGAUUAUGAUUCCGAUGUGGGCGGCAUACACCAAGGAGUUGUACCAAAGCUAAUGAAUACGUCGAUGGGCGAGCAAGAGAAGACGCUCAGGAGUUUCCCUGAUGGCCAGCGAAACUGCUAUACGUUGCCAUCCACCAGUGGCAAGAAGUAUCUCAUCAGAGCCACCUUCACUUACGGAAACUACGAUGGGCUCAACUCGUCAGAGAAUGGAUCAUUGUUUCAGUUUGGACUGCAUAUCGGCGUCAAUGUCUGGACGACGGUGAACUUAACAAACUGGGGUCCGUCAGACACGAUGUGGAAAGAGGUGCUCACGGUUGCUCCAGACAAGUUCAUAUCCGUUUGCCUGAUAAACCUCGGGUCUGGAACCCCCUUCAUAUCUACAUUGGAGAUGAGGCCGUUGGAUGUUGCCAUGUACCCAUUUCUGAGCUCUUCCGUGUCAGCCAGCUACUUCACUCGAAAAAGAUUUGGGGAAGUUGAUGAUCUUAUCACAAGAUAUCCAAUCGAUAGCUAUGAUCGUUUCUGGGAGUCAGCCCAACUCUAUUCUUACCCUUGGCUCAACCUGAGCACCAACCAAGCAUUGAGCAGUGUCCCAGGAAAUGACAAUUUCCAGGUGCCAAUGGUCAUCCUCCAGAAGGCCACCACCAUAAACAGCAACUUCUCAUGGCUCAACAUAUCUGUGAGGGUCAGUAACAACCUGAAAGUCGAUAGCCUGGAGCUUCUUCCAAUCUUCCACUUCGCCGAGAUAGAAAACAGCAGCACAAACCGGACAUUCGAUAUCUACAGUGACGAUGACCAGCUUAUCCCCGCCUUCUCACCGUCCUACUUGCAGAUGAUCAGCAUCUACAGGAGGGACCAGUACCUGCUUAAGUCACGCACAAUUCUCAGUAUGCGCAAGACGAACAACUCAAAGCUCCCACCGUUCAUCAACGCGUUUGAAGCAUAUGUGCUUGUUCGGAUGGACAAUCUUACCACCAACUCCAGCGAAGUUAGUUCCAUGAAAUCAGUAAAGAUGCAAUACAAUGUGCCACUAAAAAGCUGGAAUGGGGAUCCAUGUUCUCCAAAAGAGUAUACCUGGGAAGGUGUGAGAUGCAACUACUAUGACGGCAAAAAGAAUCCCAGGAUCACCCUAGUGAAUCUAUCAGCAAGCAGAAUAAGUGGUAAUAUAAGUUUAUCAUUCAGAGACAUGUCAUCACUGGAAAUAUUGGAUCUAUCACACAACAAUUUGUCAGGCAUUAUUCCAUACUACGAACUGGACUCACUGAAAUCUCUAAAUCUAUCAUAUAACCAGCUCAGCGGAUCAAUUCCUGACUAUCUUUUCCAAAGAUAUAAAGCUGGUUCGCUUGACCUAAGACUAGAAGGCAAUCCUAUGUGCAUAAAUGUAAGUGAAAGGUAUUGCGUAACACCAGCUGAAAAUAUGAAGAAGAAGAACACAGCAACCUUGCUCACUGCAGUGCUAGUUCCCAUCAUAACUGUCUUAAUUGUGUUAAUUCUCUGGAUGCUUCGCUGUAAAGGAAAAUCAGAAGACCAUGAUGAUUAUGACAUGUAUGAAGAAGAAGCUCCCCUGCAUAUUGACACAAGAAGAUUCACGUAUACAGAAUUGAAGAUUAUAACAAACAACUUCCAGUCAAUCAUAGGAAAAGGAGGAUUUGGUACAGUUUAUCAUGGAAUAUUGGACAAUGGAGACGAAGUGGCAGUCAAGGUGCUUCUGGGGACAUCUAUAGCACUAUCAAAGGACUUUCUCCCUGAGGUCCAAACCUUGUCAAAAGUUCAUCACAAGAAUCUUGUCACCUUGGUAGGAUAUUGCCAAAAUAAGAAAUGUCUUGCCCUCGUGUAUGAUUUCAUGCCUAGAGGAAACGUACAAGAAGUUUUAAGAGGGCAAGAUUACAGUUUGAGCUGGGAAGAGCGACUUCACAUUGCACUUGAUGCAGCACAAGGACUGGAGUAUCUACACGAAUCAUGCACCCCGGCAAUAGUCCACAGAGAUGUGAAAACUGCAAACAUCCUUCUGGAUGAGAAUCUUGUGGCCAUGAUAUCUGACUUUGGUCUUUCACGAUCUUUCACUCCCGCACACACACACAUAUCAACUGUUGCUGCUGGUACUGUUGGUUACCUUGACCCUGAGUACCAUGCUACUUUCCAACUCACCAUGAAAGCAGAUGUCUACAGCUUUGGCAUCGUUCUCCUAGAGAUCAUUACCAGCCAACCUUCAGUGUUACUGGACCCACAACCAGUCCACUUACCAAACUGGGUGCGCCAAAAGAUUGCUACAGGAAGCAUUCAUGAUGCUGUGGACAGUAGGCUGAUGCAUCAGUAUGAUGCCACUUCCCUACAGAGUGUCAUAGACCUUGCCAUGAACUGCGUGCAAAACGCAUCCAUUGAUAGGCCGAGCAUGACUGAUGUUGUUUCCAAGCUCAAAGAAUGCUUACCGGCAGGUACAAGUGAAAAUCGACUGGGAUCUGAAUCCUAUAGACAGAAGGAAACCAUGGACUCUGACAUUGCGAGGCAGUUCCAGCUGCUGGCUUCUGGGGUUCCAAUAGUAAGCAGUGAGGGUGCAUCAAGUGGGACCACAGAAUUGAGUUAUUAUUCAGGAAGGUGAGAGGAAAUGCUUAAAUGUUAUUGCUGCAUCUAAAUGGAGAAGGUUUGGUAAUUUGUGUAAUAGUGAGA